CCACUGAAUCAGUCUCCCUCUGUGAUCAUGGCCUCACUGGCUCCUAAGUUCUCACUGAAAUCUAUCAUUCCCGGCGGUGGCGAGGGUGAGCACAACCCUCUCACCAUGUCCGACGACCAGAUCCUGGAGCAGAUCAUCUCAACCCAUGUCCACAGUGACACUAGGUUCGAUGUUGGCCCCCUCUUCUCCCUUGUUGACAACACCCUCACUCGUUCUACCCACAUUGUUGACACUGUUGUCCAGGGUUCCCAAGUAAGCUUGGAACACAUCGACGACAAAAACACCCAAGCCAACUUCUCCUCACCCCUCUGCACUCUCAGGCAAAUUUCUUCUGAGAUGCAAUGCAAGCCUCCGGGUGAGCAAGUGGCUCACAAGACCACAAUGUCGAUUCUGGGCAAGCUAUCACACUAUGAGUGGGACGCAAAAGCGGUGCUUACUCUUGCGGCUUUCGCCAUGGAAUAUGGUGAGAUCUGGCUUCUUGCUCAGAUGCAGCCCAACGAUUUACUGGCGAAAUCAGUGGCUAUGCUGAAGCGAGUUCCGGGACUCGCCAAACCCGCCUCCCUGCAGAAGCACCGCCAGGCCAUCGUCGAGCUCAACACUCUGACCAAGUCCACCUUGCAAGUUAUCGAGCUCAUCUUCGAGCUCGAGCGGCUCUCCUCGUACGACAGCAAGGAUGUCCCCUCUUUGGUCACUGCCACCGAACAGAUCCCACUUGAUGUCUACUGGGCCAUCAUCACCAUUGUCGCCAUCGUCACUCAGAUCGAUUGCCUCAUCACUGAGUCGGAGCACAGGCAAGAACUGUCCCACUAUGGUCAGAAGAUUAACAUAAUUCUCAGCAAGCUGAGGAAGCAGAUCGCAGAAUGCAGGCAACAGAUAGAGGUUAUGAAAAUCUAUUACAAAAUCAGGAAGACUAUGCAAACUCCAACGGAGACUAUGGAGGUGCUCAGGCUCCUCAUUUUCUCGUACGAUGUUCCAAAACCACUGUACGAUGGUGCCUCCAAAACCACGGUGAGCAUUGAUGUCUUGAGAAAGAAGAACGUUUACUUGUUCAUAUCCACACUGGACAUCACGGAGGAAGAGCUGUCGGUUGUGUUUAAAAUCCACGAGGCCAUCAGGACAAAGAAUCAGACGGAUCAGCACAAGAUCGUGUGGGUUCCGAUCGUGGAGGAAUGGACGGACCAGCUGCGCAAGAAGUUCGAGCAUCUGAAAGCCAAGAUGCCAUUCUUCGUGGUGGAGCACUUCGGAAGCGCCGCCGGGUUCAAGUACAUCAAAGAGGAAUGGCAAUUCAAAAAGAAGCCCAUGGUGGUGACCAUGAACCACCAAGGUAAGAUUCUGCACCACAACGCUUUCCAUUUGGUCGAGUCUUGGGGAAUCAAGGCCUUCCCCUUCACCAAGACCCGCGAAGAAGAAAUUCACCACAGUCGCCAGUGGGUCGAAAACAUCGUCACCCACAUUCACCCCAGCAUUCCUAUAUGGUUCAAGGAGGAGAAAUACAUCUUCUUUUAUGGCGGUCACGACAAGGAUUGGGUCCAACAGUUCACCAAGUAUGCCACGGCUAUGGCUAACGAUGCCCUGCUGAAGGAGAAAAAGAUCUCCAUUGAGAUUUUCCAUGUAGAGAAGGAAGACAAGAACAUCUUUAGCAGAUUCUGGAGCGGGAUUGAGAGCCUGUUCGUGACAAAGGUGCACAAGACCGAGGACGAUGACGUGACCAAGGAAGUGCAGAAGAUGCUGUCAUAUAAGAAUGAGACUGGGUGGGCCCUCCUGAGCAAAGGAUCUGAGGUGAUUCUCACCGGGCAUGGAACCACCGUCUUGAAGACGGUGGCUGAGUACGAGAAGUGGAAGGAGCUUGUGAAGAGCAAGGGAUUCGAGGGGUCGUUCAGGGAUUACCACGAGAAGGCGGUCAGGCUCCUUCACCGCUGCUCCCACCUCGAGAUUCCGAACGUUGCCGGGAAGCUGCCGGAGAGAAUCAGGUGCCCAGAAUGUCCCAAAACUAUGGAGAUUUUCAUCACCUACAAGUGCUGCCACGAGGAGGCCACUACUAAUUCUGCCCGUUGAAACUGAAGCUCGGUGAGGGAAAUGCAAUGUUGUGUGGUGACGAACGAUUGAGUUUGUGUGGGGGUUGUGGAGAGCUUGACCUGUAGAAUGUGUCACAGUACGGGACCACGCUUUUUCGCGUAAAUUAUCAGAAAAUAAUGUAAUAAAAUAUGAAUGCGUCUCUUUAGUUUGUGUCUAGUGGUGUCCUUGAGUUUUCUGGCAUCGCCGCCGUGCAUGGACUUGUACCAUGCUUUGAACUAUAAACUAAUGUAUCUUUGUUUUGAAUAACAUAGUGCUCAGUGUGUAGUUUACAUUUU